AUGUUCUACCCUACUGUCCAAUCCUUCCCCACAGUGAUGUCUUUCAGUUCCCCUUCACCCAACAACACCUCACUUUCAUCUUCCAACUUCUUCCUCGACUACGUCUUGGAAAACUGCUUCAACAACACUGUUGGAUUAUAUAUCUUCACCACCUUCACCAUUGGCAGCACACUCCUUUUAGUCCCUCUCUGCCUCUUUGUCUUCUUCGUGGGACACCGACAAUCCCGACAGCAGGGCCCUGGUUGGAAGAUGAGCCACUCCGACGUCUUUACCUACCAUGCGGUCGCCGUAGAGCUGAUCAGCGUCUUUGGUAGCACCGUCCUGUGUUGUGGUAUUCACGCUUACCUCCCAGGCAUGAUAAUGUUCGGUGGCAUCUUUUAUUCUCUCAACAUACCUGGACAGAUGGUUUUUCAUUGCCUUACCGGCUUUGAGCGCUACCUGGCUGUUGUGCAUCCCAUCACCUACCGAAGCCUGAGGACGGCCAAGGGGAUGAGGAUCAGAGAUUUGACCGUUUGCUGUGCCUGGCUGUUCAGCUUCGCAUGGGCUGUCGCUGUAACCCUAAUUAAUAAGUUGAUUUUUGCCAUUACUGCAUUUUGUGUCACGGUUGUCUUCUUCCUCGUCAUCUCUUUCUGCAGCCUGUCCGUCUUGUGUAUUUUGACUCGUCCAGGGCCAGGAAAACAGGGUGGAAAGAGACAAGUUGACCAAUCAAAGAUGAGGGCGUUUUAUACCAUCUUAGCCAUACUUGGGUUGCUGAUGUUCAGGUUUGGGGGGAACAUGAUCUCUAUUACUUUGUACGCUGCUAUCAAGAUUUUGGAGAGGGGACUGUGUGAAAUGAUGUUGUCAGUAACCUGGUUCCUGUUGCCCAGCAGGCUGGUGUUACCUCUACUCUUCCUUCAUAGAGCGGGUAAACUGCUGUGCUGCAAAAGCAAAGACGGUCUUGGAUAA